GAAGGGGAGGUGGUGCCGGUGGCUGCUCCUGAGUCUGUGCUGCAUCUGCUGUCCCCCCCGUUCAUACCGCCGCCCGCUAGAGUCGUGCCAUGCACGCCUCACCCUCAUCCGAGAUGGAAGAUGCAUCCACGGUGGACAUCGUGGACAUCUUCGCGUCCCUGCGGCAGCGGCACCACAGCGCCAGGAGCUCCUGCGGCGCCCUGCAGCUCAACGACAUCGAGGCCGUGCAGGCUCUCGUGUGCAUGAGCUCCUGGGGACAAAGGUCCCAGCAAGGGGACACCCUCAAGAUAAGGCCCCUGACGCCCUUCUCAGACUCUGGGGAUUGCACAAUGCACGCUGAGGCCACGGCAGACCUGCCGAGGGACUGCUUGUCCACACUGUGCAUGACCCCUCCACACAGCCCGGACUGCGGGGAGAGCCUGGGCCUGUCCCCGCAGGGCAGCUGCUGCAGGACCCACGGCGCUGCCCCUGCCCGGCCCCAGCCAGCUGCCGGCGGCAGGGAGAGGCUGGGCACAGCUGGGGCCUCGUCCCCCCAGCCCCGCAGGGCCCUGGCGACCAGCGUCAUCCGUCACACGGGCGACAGCUCUGCUGGCCAGCUCCCUGCUGCGGGGACGAGGCUGAGCCCGGGGGCCACCCCGAAGCCUCCCAGGAUGCCCAGGUCUGCUGCAGGGGAUGCAGCUGGUGGAGCCUUGCCGGGGGCCCAGCCUUCUGCAGGUGACUCCGGUGACCCUGCGAGCAAGGAGGGACUGCUGCCAGCCCGGCUCUUGUCGCCUCGGAACUGUGACACUGACUUGCCAGGAGGAGCCACCCCUGUCACACCUGCCCCCGUGUCGAGUGCCCAGGUGCUGUGCCAGAUGAUCCCUCUGCAGGGGCACAGCAGCCUGCUCAACGCCUACGUCAAGCCUGCGGCUGCAGCGGUCCCCAGCGCCGUGAAGCCCAUCCUGCCGCAGAGCCCGGUGCUGAUGGGACCUUCUGUGCCCCAGGGCACCGUCAUGCUGGUCCUUCCUCAGCCUGCUGCCACGCAGCCGCCGCAGUGCCCGCCGGCCCUUGUGACUGUGGGCAGCACCAAGCUGCUGCCCCUCGCCCCUGCUCCUGUCUUCAUCACCUCUGGGCAGAGCUGCCCCCCAGCCCAGGCGGACUUCUCCCGGCGGAGGAACUACGUCUGCAGCUUCCCUGGCUGCAAGAAGACCUACUUCAAAAGCUCCCACCUCAAAGCACACCUCCGCACGCACACCGGAGAGAAGCCCUUCAGCUGCAGCUGGGAGGGCUGCCAGAAACGGUUCGCCCGCUCGGACGAGCUGUCUCGGCACCGCCGCACCCACACCGGCGAGAAGCGCUUCUGCUGCCCGCUCUGCCAGCGCCGCUUCAUGCGCAGCGACCACCUCAGCAAGCACGCCCGGAGGCACGCCGCUGCCCGCAGGGGGCACGCCUGGACCGCGCCCGCCGCCCGCCCGCCUGGCACCGGCACCGCCGCCACGCAGCCGCCAAGCCGCGGCACCGCCGCACCGCCCUGCCAGGGCUAGCCGCGGAGAGCUGCCCCUGGUCCCUGCCCCGUGCCAGGGCUAGCCGCGGAGAGCUGCCCCUGGUCCCUGCCCCGUGCCAGGGCUAGCCGCGGAGAGCUGCCCCUGAUCCCUGCCCCGUGCCAGGGCUAGCCGCGGAGAGCUGCCCCUGAUCCCUGCCCCGUGCCAGGGCUAGCCGCGGAGAGCUGCCCCUGAUCCCUGCCCCGUGCCAGGGCUAGCCGCGGAGAGCUGCCCCUGAUCCCUGCCCUUUGCCAGGGCUAGCCGCGGAGAGCUGCCCCUGAUCCCUGCCCCGUGCCAGGGCUAGCCGCGGAGAGCUGCCCCUGGUCCCUGCCCCGUGCCAGGGCUAGCCACGGAGAGCUGCCCCUGGUCCCUGCCCCGUGCCAGGGCUAGCCGCAGAGAGCUGCCCCUGGUCCCUGCCCUUUGCCAGGGCUAGCCGCGGAGAGCUGCCCCUGGUCCCUGCCCCGUGCCAGGGCUAGCCACGGAGAGCUGCCCCUGGUCCCUGCCCCGUGCCAGGGCUAGCCGCGGAGAGCUGCCCCUGGUCCCUGCCCCGUGCCAGGGCUAGCCGCGGAGAGCUGCCCCUGGUCCCUGCCCCGUGCCAGGGCUAGCCACGGAGAGCUGGCUACAGCAGAACCGCCUCUGGCCUGGCUUCUCGCCGUGUUUGUGGCACUUCAGCAGCCUCCACCAUAGCCCCCCUGCUGUGAGCAGCCUGUCCUGGCUCUCGUUGCCCCUCUCCUGGCUUUUGGGUUCAUUUUUUUGUCCUUGGGCAAAUGCAGUCAGCAGGACCCUGGGAGGUGAUGUUGGCAGUAAGCCCUGCAGUGCUUGCUGGGCACUCAAGCAGGGGGCUUUGGGUCGCUUUGAUCCUGGCUCUGCUGUUGCUGGCACUCUGCAAACACGAACUGACUGCUGGUGCUGGUUGGGGCUCUCACUCUGCAGGGGCUGGGGCUGCUGCCUGCCCUCCCAGGGCAUGCGAUGGUGGAGCUCUGAGGUUCCAUGUGUGGCAUCGCAGCCCAAAGCCCAGCUGGGCUCCUCGAGGUCCUGUAGUCCCUGCCCCUUGGUGAGUGGCUCUUGGCAGGGCUUUGGCUGCUGUGGGGGAGGCACAGGACAACCACCCUGACAGCGGGAGCUGUGCUCCCAGAGCAGCAGGGCCACGGCUGCAGCAGCCACCAGCUGCCUCUCUGCUUGUAGUUUGUCUGAGGACAGGAGAAAUAGAAAUCAAGUUUUGAGGUGU